AUGUCGACAACCGCAUAUCAAACCAACGCAAAACCUCGGGGCCGCCGUGGGAGCCACGGCGAGUCGUCCGAGAGGCCAGCUCGAAGUAGAGCCUCAAGCUCGGCAUCCACAAAGUUAUCCAAGACGCUGUCGAGAACUCUAGAUGAAGUCUCUAUACCUAGAAACAGCCGACCGAGCUCACCGGCAGUUUACCUGUAUCGGCAGAGGACUGUUGACCCAAGGAUGUCGGACCCGACAGUGACGCCCUCACGGCAGUCUGCAAUCUCCCUGAAGUCGGAUAGGCACAUUCCACCUCCUCUCCAGACAGGCGCAAGCUCAACGCCAGUGUCACCGACCAAGCCCAGAGCAUAUACUGUCCACGAUGUACACCAGUUUGAGGUGCAUGAGCGGGGCCGACGUUCUCCCUCCCCUUCAAAGCUCUGGAAGCAUGCCACUACGGAAGCUGCAAAUAAGAUGAAAGAGAGUCCGGCAGUACUGCCUGUGCAGCCGCCUCAAUCUUCCCAUGGGCUUGGAUGGAGGACACUUUCUUCAAGAUCGCUCGCUUCGAUGCAGCCUACCGUUGCCGAAGAAUCGGAAGAGUCCGCUGUGACUCAGGUCGCGUCACCGUCUCCGAAGCAGUCUAUCUCCACGCCUGUACCUACAACCAUGGCGACAAAUUCACCCAGAUUGUCCGGUUCGUUUUCACAUGAAGAGGAUGUUGCUCCAUCUCCUAGAACCUCGAAGUCGUCUCUCCAGGAUACUGCACCUGCGCGGGGCCCCAGGACAUCAGCAUCAUCCCUACACGAGCCGCUGUUGGGGGCGAACCUACAAGGUCCGGCGGCCCUCGUACAACAAGAAGCCACGACUGCACACCCCGGGACGCCAGGAUCAUUUGUACACGAUGGCGCAGCGGUUCCAGUCGUCCAAAUGUCACGAUCACCCGUAUGCGAGCCUUUGGUGGCGCCCACUCCGCAAGGACCAGUGGCAUUUAUGCAACCUAGAUAUCACCAGCACCUCGCGGAUUCGGUGGAAGCAGGAGUUCCUGUGACCUCGAGCCCUGCUCCGGCAGCAGAGAUGAUGGUGCUUCAGGAUUUCAUACCUCCGGCUCAGUCACCGCUGGCAUCUCCUCCGUUGUCGCCCUAUAUCCAUCAGCCAAUGGGUAGUCCGCCACCGCAAUCGCUGCAGUACGCACACCCUUAUCCGUAUCACCAUCCACAGCAUUUCAUGGCUAACUUCCCGCCCGCCUUCUAUCCGACACCAUUCACACCUCCGACCGCGUCUUUUCACUACUCUGGAGAGAUUCCACGAGCUGGCUCUGCGGGAGCCGAAGACGAGCGGGCCAAACUCUUGGAGAAAGUCUCCAAUGUGCUACCUGACAUUGACCGCUUGCUGCAUGUGUACCAGGAGAGUCAAGGGCUUUUGUCAGAGAAAGAAAACCUCGUCAAACAAGCUGAAGCACAACAUCUCGAAGAAACCGCUAAACUGAGGAUUGAGCUAAGCGCGUGCAAAGAAGAAUAUGAGAAAAUUAUUGGUGAACAAGCGAGUGAGAAUCUGAGAUUGAAGGAUGAGAUUGCCGCGCAAGGGGAGAAGAUAAAGCUACUGCAGGACGAGUCUCAUGCAGUGAUGGACGCUCACGAAGGCCUUACCGACCUUAGAGUCAAAUGUGAAAAGUUAACCGAGAAGUGCGAAUCCUGCCGAGCUUUCAAUGACAAAUUGGUAAAGGAAAAGGAGAGCGUGGACGAGGAACUCCAGCAAUUGAAAAGGCAGCUUGAGGAGGAAAAAAUUCAACAUGAACACGACCAAGCUGAGAAGAAGAAGCUAGAGGAACAACUUCAUACUGUGAAAGAUCAACUUCAUGAUGAACGGACACGGCAUGAACGCGUGCAGUGCGAGUUACGGCAAGCCCACGAGAAGGAGAUGGCGACCAGGGAAGAAGAACACGUCAGAUCACUACACGAGCACAAAGUCGGCUUGUCAAAAAUCCAGCUUGACUUGGCAGGAAUGAUCACCAAGCACACGCAGCAGAAAAGAGAGCUGGACCUUGCCAGAGCCACCAUCGCAGAACACGAGCAAUCCUUGACCGAAAAAGCUCAAGAACUCGCCGAUACCGGGCGUCUACAACAGGCUCAGUUGGAGCAUAGUCGAAAGCAUAUCGAAGAAAACGCCCAGCGACAUAGGCAGGAGAUCGCUAAGUUGUCGGAGGAACUAUCCCAGUCCACAGCAAAGCAUCGGGAAGAAAUCAGCAAGAUACAAGAUGCGAGCAAGAAAGACCUGGAACAAGUACGGAAACUCGCUGCAGGACGCUUGAUGGAAACGACAAAAAAGCACCAGCAACGCGAAGCAGAACUUUGCGAGGAAUUGGCGACCUUUCGUGCUCGAGUUGAAAGGCUGGAGGGCGAUCUUCGAGCGAAGUGUCUGGAGCUGGCAAAUGCACGCAAAGACCACGAGAGGCUGCAAGGGAACUACAAGCUGACUGACAAGCAUCACGCCCAGCUGGCUGAAACGAUGCUUAACCUCAGAAACAAGCAAGCUGAAUGGCAACGUGAGACCGAGCGGAUGGAUCAAAUUCUGCAGAAGCUGAGGCAACUUGCUCCGGGCAAUACCAAUAGUGACGAGUUCUUGUGA